AUGUAAUUUAAUUGGAUUUUAAUAAAGUUUCAUUCAAUAAAUGCACUCAAUAUCGUUUUGGGUUUAAUACUUUAUUUAUAAGAUAUCACUUAAUUGGGAUCUCUGAUAUUGUUGAUGCUAAAUAUAACAGUAAUGUUGACUGGGACUUUGAUUUUGAGAAGGAAAUUAAUAGAUUAAAAUCAAUUACAACAACUCAUACUUGCAAUACUAAGUGUUCAUAUAUCCUAUUGUUGCUUUCUCAAUCGUUAAUUAAAUGCGAGCAGCUAUUUGCUGCUUAAAUUUCAAGAGGCCUAUAUAAUCAAAAAAUAGUCAAGAAUAAGAAGCAUUUUAUAUCACAUCGUCUACAAUUCAGUUUUAUUUUCUUUAUUAAUAUUUCACAGCGAAAGCAUCAUUCUAUACAUUUUGGCUUUCUACUCCACUUUACUUAUGAUUCCAAAUAAUAAAUCAAAUUUUUAACUGCAAAACCAAGAUUUUGAGUUACCUUUACAUUUAAGUAAGCCGACGACUCAAAGAAAUUCAGAAGUAAUGAACAUCGUACAAGAUACCAUAAGCAAUUCAUGGAUGAUUAAGUUAUAAAACAUUCCAGUAGGAAUCAUGAUAGUAAAAAAGGAGAACUUGUAAAUAAUGUUUAAAAAUUAAUCCCUUUUAUAAAUUCUUGAAGGAAUUACAGAUGUUGAAUCUUAUUUAAUGAAUGAACUCUAAUUUCAAUUACAGGUGAAGAGAGUGAGGAAGCAAGUUAGAGAAUCCAGUAUCAAACAGUCGAAACAACUAAAUAAAAUACAAAGCAAUAGUUUUCCUCAGUUUUAAAGCUAGAAGAAGAUCCCAAGUCAAUAGAAGAUAUCAAAUACCUUGAAAAGUAUUCUUGCAGAAUUGUAGAAUGGAAAACUGGAUCAGAUUUACUAAAAGGAGAAUCAUUUAGAAUUGGUAGGACAAAUCUCUAAACAGAAGUAAUCAUAACUAUUUGAAGAUGACAACAUCCGUAAGAUUUAAUGCAAGGUCUUUUGUGGCUAAAAUGACCAGGAAUAUUUCAUAAUAGUGGAUGACAUCUCAUUAUAAAGUUAUUUGUAGAAAUUAGAAACGAGAGAAAAAUUCUAAGUUCGCAUCAUCGAUUCUUUUUCUCAUGAAUUGCGAACACCAUUGAAUAGUGCUAAACUAUUCCUAGAAGCUCUCUUAAAUGAUCCUAAACUUCAAGAUCACUAUAAAACUAAUUGUAUUGAGCCAGCAGCAAAUGCAUUAAAGUUAUAAGCUUAUUUAAUUAGAGAUAUUAUAGAUUUCACUCAAUAUCAUUCACAUUUGAUUAAGUAUAACAUUUAAGAAUUCAAUUUUGAAAAUAUCAUCUAAGAAGUCAAUGAUAUAUUUAAACCAAUUUGUUUAAUCAAAAACUUAGGAUUGCGUAUUAAUGUUAAGAAUUCAGUUCCACCUUUAAUAAACUCUGACUUUGAUAGAAUCAUGUAGAUUAUAGUGAAUAUUAUAUCGAAUUCAAUUAAAUAUUCCGAGAGAGGAUUAAUAAUUUUGGAAAUAUCUUGUUAUGAAAAGGCUUUGACUUUUUGUGUCAAGGAUCAAGGAGUAGGAAUUCCCUAAAACAAAUUAUAAAAAAUUUAAAAGUUUCUAAAGUCAUAUAAUUCAAGUAGAGAUGUCUCAAGUUAGGAUGAAUGGGAAGGGUUUGGAUUACUGGUUAGUCAGAUGAAUUUACUUAAAUUAGCCCCUUAGAAUAAAAGUCAAUUAAGAAUAACAUCCCGUGGUUAAGCAGAAGGAUGUUAAGUGACUUUUAAAAUAAGAACCACUUAAUCUACAAAUACUUAACUUUUGAGAGGAAACACUUUUUAAAGAACGAGUUUGAAAUGUGCCUUUACUGUGCCUGAUCUAUGUAUGGGAAUCUAAGGAAUUCUAAUAAUAAAUAAUCCCAAAUAAUAUAAUUCAAUCAUUGACAAUUCUAUUUAGUAAAUUCCAAUUCGAUAACAACACUCUGUGGCUAAUUAUUUCAAACCUCAAUAGUCAACAGGUGCGUUAAAUCAAAGUGUUUUUUAAGAGACAGAUCUCAUCGAUGAUUAAGAUACCGACAGAGGUAAUCCUGAGGAAUAGUUAUUAAAAUUAAAUAGUCUAAGCAAGAGUUCCAAUUUAAUUAUAACAAACUCUAAUACCAAAGAAAAAUAGAGUAAAAAGCGAAAGCAGUCCUCAUUUAGUAUAUCUGAUUUAGAUGCAUCUUCUAGUAACAGACCCAACACCCUUAUAUCUAGAUUGAUUUAAAGAGAAGAACAAGAGAUUGAAAUGGAAGAACAGUUCCAAAAUUUAAGAUUUGCUUGUAAGUGCUCUCGUAUUUUGAGCGUAGACGAUGACAUCUUCAAUCAGAAAGCCUUGCAAGUGAUAGUUAGUCAGAUGGGUUUUCGAUUGUAAAUAGCGUACAAUGGAUAAUAAGCAAUAGAAGUGAUUCAAAAGACAGAGAAAUGUUCUGAAGCUUGUUAAUUAUUUUAUUUUAUUUUAAUGGAUUGUUAGAUGCCAAUAAUGGAUGGCUGGACAACCACGAAGGUGUUGAUGGACAUGAUUAGAUAGAAUAUUAUUCCAGAUAUACCCAUAAUUGGAUUGACAGCCUUUAAUUCAACUGAAGAUAUUGAGAGAUGUCUAGAUGUUGGAAUGAGGGAAGUCUUCACAAAACCUUUGAAUAUCAAUUCUCUUAAACAGGUAUUACUUAAACUAAUUAAUCGAUGA